AUGUCCCGAAAUCAAAGGCGAAGUUCUUCACACAGUGAAUCAGAUGCAUCAGUAGAAGAAUCCGCUGAUGUGUCACAUAAAUCACCGAAAUCAAAUCAAGAUUCGUGGUAUGAUGUAAAAACACCCAAUGACUAUGAGCAAAACGAAGAGCAAUUUUCAUCACCAAUCACUGUAUUACGCGAAGUCAACGAAGGUCAAUAUACUGGACCGUCAGCAGCUACCGCAACAAGUGUAUCUGAUAGCGAUACGUCCGAUUCAGAAACAGUAGAUACAACAGGAAUUGGAAACAAUAGAUUAAGAGCAAGUGAACAUGAGCAACAAAGUAACACGCCUCAAACACAAAAAACGGUUCCAGAAUGGGUUAAUCCGUAUUGGGAUAAAAACAGAGACGCAACAACAUCUGUGCAAAGCCCAUGGGACAACCCGUAUUGGCGGAAGAAUGACGCAGAUUCGACAUUGAUUGAUAAUCGUGGUAAAAUCGAUAAUUCACACGAGGAUAAACAAUCUUCAUUCUCAAACAGUGACAAUCAGGUGUCAUCCACUUAUCGGAAAGCUGAUGACAGUAAAAAGCCAGCCUCGACUCAACCACAAUAUGAAAAUUUACCAAGAAAUUUGUUCCAAGGGCCCAAUAUGAAUUAUGAUGCACAAUCAGGGAAAAAUAAUCAGUCGGGCGAAUAUCAAACAUCAACAAAUUCGUCUACGUGGAAUAAUCCAUACUGGGAUAAAUCAGGUAAAGUAAAUCAAACUAUAAAACCAUCCGAACAAGUUGAUGAGAAACAAUCAAAUUUUAACAGUAAACAAGAAGUGUGGGGUAAUCCUUAUUGGGAUCGUUCUAACAUCAAUCAACAGUCGAAAUUAAAUGCUUCUAAAAAUAAAUCGACCAGUAGUCCUCACUCUCAUCAUCAUUCGCAUUUACAGCAAAGUCAUUCGUUAUCUUCACGUCAAAAAUCAUGGGAGAAUCCGUAUUGGAACAAACAAUCAUCACACGAUCGCUCCCCCUCGUCAAAUAUUCAACCUUCGACGAAGUGGACGAAUCCUUAUUGGGAUCGUUCUAACGUCAAUCAACAGUCGAAAUUAAAUGGUUCUAAAAACAAAGUGACCAGUGGUCCUCACUCUCAUCACCAUUCGCAUUCACAACAAAGUCAUUUGUUAUCUUCACGUCAAAAAUCAUGGGAGAAUCCGUAUUGGAACAAACAAUCAUCACACGAUCGCUCCUCCUCGUCAAAUGCUCAACCUUCGACGAAGUGGACGAAUCCUUAUUGGGAUCGUUCUAACGUCAAUCAACAGUCGAAAUUAAAUGGUUCUAAAAGCAAAGUGACCAGUGGUCCUCACUCUCAUCACCAUUCGCAUUUACAGCAAAGUCAUUCGUUAUCUUCACGUGAAAAACCCUGGGAGAAUCCGUAUUGGAACAAACAAUCAUCACACGAUCGCUCCUCCUCGUCAAAUGCUCAACCUUCGACGAAGGGGACGAAACAACAAGAACAACCAAAAAAUAAUUAUCAGACAACUGUUUAUCAUGAUAUUGAGCAGACAAAGGCAUGGAUAGAAGAUGAUACAAGCCCACAUAAUGCUCCACCAAUACCAUCAUAUUUUGAAAGAAUUUAUCCACCGCCACAGCCGAACGAAGAUAAAAGAAGUCCUUCUAAACCUCAAAAACAACAUCAACAGCAACAGAUCAGACCGUCAAAUAGUGACAACAGUAAUCUCCCUGUUACUAGUAAAGGCAGUGAAACGAUUCGUUAUGAUGCAAAACCUCAUAUGUUGAAUAGAGCAACUGAAAUGUAUCCCCCCGUAAAAGAGAGUACCGAUCAUCAGAAUUUGUCAGAAUCACAGCCUGGGGCUCAGGAAGAAAGUAGUUCGUCGUCAACAACAAAUAACAAUAAAAUCAAAAACAUUACACUUGCAGAGAUCGAACCUCAAAAAUAUAAUUAUAAUAGUAAUCUAUCAACCAAUAGCUAUACGUUUACAGCAGAUGAUAUUGAGACAAUUCAAGAAGCACUCAAAUUACUACAAUCUAAUCCAGAUGCGUUGCCUAUUUUCAACGAAACAACACCAACUUCCACAGAACGUACUCAGGCGCCGGCGCCGACAAGUCCACACCAACAGCAAAUAAUCAGUUCAGCGCAAACACCUCCUCUAUAA